CCGUGCGAGGUUUGUCGUCGCUCGGGCACAGAGUGGCCAGUCAAACACAGUCCUCCAGCUUCGUCGCUACCCUCUCUCGCUCUCUCGCUGUCUCUCGCUGUCUCCCGCUUCCUCCCUUUCCCUGUGUGCCUGACUCCCUCGCUCUCCGCAUGGUUUUUCGCGUUUGUUCAAUUCGAUUCACGCUUUUCUUCUAUAGCUCGACCCUUGCCUGUGUUGCUGCCACCCCUCCUCCACCCUCCCCCUUGCCAUUUUGCAGCUCUGCACCCGUGCUCGUGACCUCGAGGGGAGGAGGAGGUUUUGCCCUUUUUUUUUUUUUUUUUUUUUUUUUUUGGGCCACCUUUCGCUCUGGCCUCUGGGUCAGUUCCGUUUCUGGGCCUGGCUGUGAGAGCCUUGGGUUUUCUUUACUUUUGUUUGUAUUUUUGUUUGUAUUUUUGUUUGUAUUUUUUUUUUGUAUUUUUUUUUCCUUCUUCUUCUCCUUCUUCUUGCUGCUUCGCGCCAUGGAGGUCACUGCGGGAGCCUCGUUUGGCUAAGUAGAAUCUUGCGGAAUAGUUGUGGAUGGACGUUAGGUAGCAGGCAGCACACAACUGCCUCGCUUUUUUAGGUGGUAGGUUGAGACGCAUCAUGUGCACUUGUUGGAACGCCCUCGAUGGGGCGUGGUUCGGUAGCUGUUGGUGGUCUAAGUCGAGUAGUACUGCUGCUGCAUCUCAUAGUAUGCCCCACACAGAAAGUAAGAAGGAUCCGCUUCAUGGGCAGGCACCCAGUGAGCAGGUGAUUGUAUCGAUCCGUGAAGUUGGUAUAAAAUCAUCAGAGGAGAUACGUCAGGGAGGGAACCUUCGCAUCUUCACUUAUCAGGACCUGAAGUCCGCGACGAGAAACUUUCGUCCCGACAGUUUGUUAGGAGAAGGUGGUUUUGGUAGUGUAUACAAGGGGUGGAUUGAUGAACAUGGAACAACAGCUGCGAAAGCGGGUACAGGGCUGACCGUGGCAGUCAAGCAACUAAAUCAAGAGGGCCUGCAGGGUCACAGAGAGUGGCUUGCCGAAGUGAACUUUCUCGGUCAGCUUCACCAUCCGAACCUUGUGAAACUCAUUGGAUAUUGCUCAGAGGAUGAUCAACGUCUCCUGGUUUACGAAUUCAUGCCCAGGGGAAGUUUGGAGAAUCACCUGUUUCGAAAGGGGGUGAUGCCAUUACCUUGGUUGACGAGAAUGAAGAUAGCAUUAGGAGCUGCAAGUGGAUUGGCAUUCCUCCAUGAAGCAGUGAAACCAGUUAUCUAUCGUGAUUUCAAGACGUCCAACAUAUUAUUGGAUAGUGAUUACACAGCUAAGCUAUCUGAUUUUGGCCUAGCGAAAGAUGGGCCUGAAGGAGACAAAACUCACGUAUCAACACGUGUCAUGGGCACCUAUGGCUAUGCUGCCCCUGAGUAUGUGAUGACAGGGCAUCUGACAUCUAGAAGCGACGUGUACAGCUUUGGGGUGGUGUUGCUAGAGAUGUUGACAGGGCGAAGGUCAGUUGAUAAGAAUAGACCAAGUGGAGAACAGAAUUUGGUUGAAUGGGCGCGGCCUUACUUGAACGACAAGCGCAAGUUCUAUAGACUAAUUGAUCCACGCUUGGAUGGUCAGUACUCAGUAAAGGGUGCUCAGAAGGCUGCUAUUCUCUCUCAUCAUUGCCUAAGCCGUGAUCCAAAAUCACGACCUCUAAUGGGUGAUGUGGUUGACACGUUGAAACCACUGCAAGACAUGAGGGACAUGUUUAGUAGCUCAAGUAACCAGGCAUCUACCAACUAUCGAUCCACAGGCAUGAAUGGCCAUGGAGGAGGUCGCCCUUAUCAUAAUGGUCAUGGUCAUGGUCAAAAAAAGUACGAGCAGUUGCGGAAUAUACCCGUUCGGGCGAGUGGUGUAUCGCCUCUGCCAACCUACUAGCACUAGUGGAGGGCGUACACUGAUUACAUUCUAGGACUAGGAUUGCUUUCACUGGGAACUGGUGGUAUUUGUGUUAUCUAGUGUAAGCUACUGAAGGAACUGUUAUGCAUGACGGAGCAAACACUCUGUAAAGGCUAGAAAAGUUUCGGGCAAAGCAAGAUAAGGUAUGCAGGUGUCAAACAAUUAUUCUUAUGUUGCUAAGUUCUUUGAGGCCUCCUUUUGAUGCCGACUCUGGUUAUUAUGGUAUAUGAACUUACCACCAUGCAAAUAAACCCCAAAUUUUCGUUCUCUGUA